AUGCACAGCGGUGACAGCAGAUUACAGGAGACAGUGACAAUACGAGGGGGACUAGUGGGGAACUAUUCCUGGAUUCCAGCACAGGUGGACUUACAGAAGGAGGUGACCUGCCACAUCUCUCUGGAGCUCCAUGAACCCCUGAGCUUGGACUGUGGCCACAGCUUCUGCCAAGCCUGCAUCACUGAAAAGAUCAAGGAGUCAGUCCUCCAUCCAGGAGGUGAAUGCAGCUGUCCUGUGUGCCAGACCAGAUACCAAUCUGGGAACCUCCAGCUGUUGGCAUCUGGCCAACCCAGUGGAGAAAUGGCUAUCAAUGCGACCCGAGGAGAGGUCUCUGGGAACACCAUGGGGAAGCUCCUGAUCUUCUGUGAGGAGGAUGGGAAGGUCAUUUACUGGCCUUGUGCUCUGUCUCUGGAGCACCACGGUCAUCAAAUACUCUUCAUAGAGGAGAUGGUCAUGAAAUAUCAGGUAGGCCCCAGGAUGGAGGGAGAGAGGGCAGAAUGGUACCUGAUAAUAAACAUAGACUACAAAAUCAUAGCAAAGAGUGGUUGGGUGAAUGGAGAACUACUUUCCAAGAGAAAUCCUGACUGCUGCCCAGAUCAGGAGAGCUUUUGGGGAACAUGGUUGGGUGAAUGUGGGAAAAAGGAGAAGCUCCAGGCAGCUCUGAAGGAACAGCAGGAAGCUGAGAAGUUGGAAGUUGACAGCAGAGUGUUAGUUGGAAGAAGAGAAAAGAGUUCUGGGUUUGUUUUUGACCCAAAUGUAAACCAUUCAAAUGUCUACUCUGGAUACAGACCUGAGAAUGGCUCCUGGGUUAUAGGGCUGCAGGUGAAUCAGGACAGUGUCUCUAAGGACUUUUCCACCUCUGAUCCCAAGGUCUUGACUCUGUCCAUGGCUGUUCCUCCUUGUCUUGUUGGGGUUUUCAUAGACCGUGAGGAAGGCACUGUCUCAUUUUUCAAUACCACAAACCAUGUGUCACUCGUCUACAGGUUUUCUAAGUGUCACUUUUCUCAGACUGCUGAUCCCUAUUUCAGUCCUUGGAACUGUCCAGACCCCAACGCCCUGUGCCCGCGAAGCUCCUGAACAUCCCCAAUCCCCCACCCAUUUCUGUGUGACGCCCCUUGUCCUGGGCUCACCUCCUGCCCCUGAGCUCAUCUUCACCUUCUCACCACCACAGCUUCCUUUCUUUUAUUUAGAAUGCUUUGCACUCGUCUGCUGGGGCUGCCCUAACAAAGUACCACAGACCGGGGGACUCAACAGCAGAAACGUAUCGCCUUACAUUUCUGAAGGUCAGUAGUCCAAAACGAAAGUGCAGGCAGGGCUGGUUCCAUCUGAGGCUGUGAGGGAAGCAUCUGUUCUUGGCCUCUCUCCUUGGCUGGAGGAUGGCUGUCUUCUCGUGUCUCUUCCCAUCAUCUAUGGGAUGAUGUAUGUCUCUGUGUCUAAAUCUCCCCUUUUUAUUAGGACACCAUUCAUACUGAAACAGGGCCCACCCUUAUGACAUUGUUUUACCUUCAUUAGCUCUGUAAAGACCUAUCACCAUAUAAGGCCAUGUUCGCAGGUAUGGGGGUCAUGGCUGCAGCAUAUGAGUUUUGCAUGAACACAAUUCAACCAUGAUGGUCUUUUACACUUCUCUACCAUACAGUGAGAGUGUGCAUCUUUUUCUUCCAAAUACCUUGCUUCAUUAGGGUUGAACACUUAUUUCUUAGCCUGGGAAGCACAUCUAAUCCUUCUUACAGAAAGAACAGUAUCACUCUAACUCCUCUCCCAUCUCGUUUCUGCCUCAUUCCUUUGCUACUGAAUAGGAGUUACGAAGGAAAGCUUGUCACCCCCAUCCAUGUUAUCUAGGACAAUGCAAAGGAAUCUGUCACUAAGUAGUGAAGUCUUCUGAGUAUGUGGCUUUACCAAUGGCACUCGACAUUUAUCAUAGAGUUAAAGUGGAAAAUGCAUGGAUAAAAAAAUUUACCAAGAGUAGAUUUUUGGUUCUCAGAGUUUCUGAGGCCAAAUCUUAUCCCUUCACUUAGAAGCUAGGUAACCUUGAAUAAUUAACUCACCAUCUCUUAGUCUCAUUUUCCUAAAAUAAAAAUUGAUGUUAAGGAUUGUACAUCAUUCCUAGGAUCCCUUUGAGAAAAUGAGUUUUAUUAAAAGUAGAGCACUUAUCUAAGACUCUUACAUGUAAGAAUAAAUGUUAUUAUUGCUGAAAAAAAUGUAAGCUGUGUCAAUGUCCUGAGGAGCAGUUUUUGUUUGGUUUAGUUUUGCUUCAACGAAAUGAUAAUUGGCUCUACUGAGGUCUCAUUUUUUUCAGAUCCCAAACCCCACUGGUGACAGUCUGAGCUUUCAUGAUGUGUCCUGUAAAGAAUCAUGUCUAGGUUAACUGUCCUCCUGGGACACAGCUUUUUUGGUGUUCAGUCCUUUUCUUUGUGGUGAAACACUUUUGUAUGUCACUUUAUUUACUAACCUAUGCUCUUUUCUUUUCUAAAAAUAAUUUUCACACUUAGGAUGAACACUGGAACUACCUAGGACUGCAAAGGCAUGAAUUGCUCUUAGAGAAGUUGCUUUAUAAAUUAGGGCAGGCUAUGCCACUUACAAAAUUUGAACCAAUAUUUGCAGGACUUCCCAGAAGGAUGAGUAUUGUGGCCAUGAUGAAUGAAAACAAAUGUUAUUUGGUUUAGGAUCAGUGUAUAUGUCUGCACACACACAUUCACAUGUACACAUAUAGUGUACCUGUAAUCAUCUGAAUGCAUAUAUGUAUAUACAUUAACACUAUCCUGGUUAGUCUUUACCAAUAUCAUAUACCAAUAUCAUAAGAGGGAGAAAUUUAUAUUGGGAAGUUAAAAGAGUUUAUUAACUGUUAGAUUUUUUUCCUAUGGUCCCAAGGCUACUGAGUUGGAGAGGCAGGAUUAGUACUGUUAAGGGGGCCAUUAUUUAUUUUCCUCAGUUCUUGUUCCUGGAGCAACAAAGAAUUGAAGGGUGGAGACACAGUAGUGAAGCAGAGUAAGUUUUAUUUAAAGUUAUGCACUUAAAGAGAGAAAAAGUGCAGGCGACCUUCAGGAGGAGACGCACCUGAAAGGUUUAAGUUUUAUUUAAAGAGAGAGGACAUGUGAGUGAUCUCAGAGAGAGGUGUGCCCUGAAAGACUGAGAAAAAGUUUUAUUUAAGGUAAAAAGGUGCACACUAAGAGAAAGGGGAGUGUGGACUACCUCAGAGAAGAAGUGUGCUGAAAGGUUAAGGAAAAGUUUUAUUAAAAGAUGAACUUAGAAAGUGAGGGCAACCUCAGAGAGAGGUGCACCCUGUAAGGUUGGGGGUUCCCCCUUUAAGGAUAUUUUUUUCAGGAAUGUGGCAAAGGGCUAGGGGCGUGGACUUGUCAAGUGGUCCCAAGAUGUUUAUCUUUGAUGACACACAUUAAGUCUCUUCUCUUAUCAGUUCUCCAGGUAAUUGUGCAAAAUUCGCUUAACACAAGAAGUUUACUGAUCCGGUUCCUCUCCAGGAUAGCAGCUUCCCUCUGGGAACAUAUUAGUCAAGACCACCUGCCCUGCCCCCAAGAUGGGCAGAGUUAUUGUCUGUUUGCUAAAGAAUAUGUUAAGAAUCUUACUUCUUAAUUUCCUGGGUUUUACAAUGCAAUCUUACCUUAAAGAUAGAAUCCUUCCUGUUUUCACUAUGCUGUUUAUAGCUGGGCUUGUUUGUUAAAUUAAUCAUGGUGCUUGUCUCCUGCCCAGGUUGCAAAUUAGUUGAUUAGGGCUGGAAGAGUUAAAAACAGCAUAUAGGUUAAGUUAAAGAAUAAACUGGGCCUUUUACCAUGCUAAAGUAAAUCCUAGAAUGUCAUGAUUGAACUGGCACAUUGAAGCAAUGAGCUGUGCUCAGAUACUUGUCUUUAUCUGGGGAAUAUCUGGAUAUUCCAAGUUACUGCUGGCCUUUGGACCUUCAACUGAUUAACUCAUUAACUCUGUGAGUCUUUUCUGGUUCUCUGGUUUUAUCUGGUUAAGUCUUUGAGUCCCUUUUAGUGGACUUUACUGGCCUUAUUCUCUCUCCACCCCACUCAUAUCUAUUUUCCUGCGUAACAGUACCAGGUGUGUGUUACUCCAGCACCUGUGUGCUUUCUGUACCUCACCACAGAGAGGGCAGCAACUUGACUGCCAAGUAUAUGGGAAGAAGGGAGAGCCAGGAGAUGCUGACCUGCAGGAGAAGCUUGAUGCAUCUUCAGGAAAAGCUUAGGUGCCAUGAAAUGUAAUUUGAUGUGCUCAAUCCAUGUAGCCAUUAAGGAGACAGGAUAGACCAUGAUCAUGGACAAUAGGCUGAGCUGCUUCAUGACUGGCACACUAGUGCAUAUGAUGUAACUCCCUUAGUGUAGAGGGGAAACAUUGUAAUUGGAUGGUUAAAAGGCUGGACCCUAAAAACAGAUAAAAUAUUGUAUAAAAAUGAUUAACCACUUAGAGGCCUUUAUCAAAUUGACUAAUUUCUAUGGGAUUUAAUUUUUCAUUUUUAAAAUAAAUAAAAAUAACAAAACUCAACCUGAUUGGAAUACUGUUAAGGGAAUUAAAUACUAGAAUAUUUAUAAUAAUUCCUGCUACUUUCUAGCACAUAAGCUCUGACUCAGAGUCGUGUCUGUUAAUGGUUUUCUUUUUGGCUUCUUUUUUGACUUGAAAUAAAUACUUUCCUCUUGAAUUAAAACUUCUGGUGCUGCCUUUCCAAGCUUCUGUGAGCACUUUGGAUUCAGACUGACUGCUGGGUGGGCCAUCAACAGAAUACUUGCUAGUGUCGUCCACACCAUAAGGCUGAUAAACUGUCACAGACAAACACAACUGAAACUGCCUGUCUACAGUGGUUCUGAAACCAGGGACUAAACUGUAUUUUUCAGUCUGAACUAGGAACUCCAGCAAGGAGGCCCCGCAGUGGGAGGCCACACUGGGGCUCAGUUCCCCUGCUGCCUGAUUAGCAUGUCUUGCUUGGACUGCCCUCACACUGUAAACCCUAUUUCCAGGGGGACCACAUGAACCUUGUAUUUGUACCCUGACUAUGCUGACAUUGCCCCAGCCCCUCUGAAAGCUUCAGGUGAGCUUCAGCUGUGUCAUGGCCCAAGCUGUGCUCUGCCUGAGUUAAUGCCUUGGACCAGACAAAAAGGAUUCAUAUAGAUACUCAGGGAGAAAGCUUUCUGGCUCUCUAAAGUAGACCUUAACAGCUAGGGGGCAUCUUUUCCUGACUUGGUACCUGUUGAGAUUCAUGGUUAUGUUCAGCUUUUCAGACAGGUCUCAUCCUACUUGGAGUGAUCUCUGUCAUGGCCUUGGUCCUCUGUUCCCUUAGACUAAUUCCCAGUCCCUGACAUGACCCCUAAAAGGAGGAAAGACAGCACAUAGGC